GCCUGUAGUGGUGCUGUGAGGAGUCUGCUGUGGACUAAUCUAAAAUCCUCAGCAGCUCCCACCUGCUAAUGUUUGCUGUGGAUAAUCUACAUUUACAUGCAUCAGUAUUUUCAAUGAUAUUGCAUUCAGAUAGGAGCAUUAUUAGUUACCUAAAAUAUCGAAUAUCGAUGCACAAAUAGGCGAGCUGGUUGUAAUAGGCACUUCUACUCUAUCAGGAGCGAAUACCUUACAUAGCCUAUACAAAUUGAAGCUGAUGUUCUCAAGGACCAGAGUCACGUGAUGUAUGAGGGCAAACACAUCCACUUCUCGGAGGUGGACAAUAAGCCAUUGUGCUCAUACAGCCCAAAGCUCUGCAAGCAGCGCAGACUCAAUGGCUAUGCCUUCUGUAUCCGUCAUGUCCUGGAGGAUAAGACCGCUCCCUUCAAGCAAUGUGAAUAUGUGGCCAAGUACAACAGCCAACGAUGCACCAACCCCAUCCCCAAGUCUGAGGACCGCAGAUACUGUAACAGCCACCUCCAGGUCCUUGGCUUUAUCCCCAAGAAGGAGCGGAGGAAGAAACACGAUGCAUUGGAGGAGAUGUGCUCAAGACCUCACCUGGAGUCAGUGGCUCUUAACAUAACUGUGCCCUCGCUAGCUCUGAAGGCCUCCAAUGGCCUGGACGAGCUGCCACCCUCUCCACCCUGCAUCCGUCUGCUACCCCUCCCAGAUGGGGAACUCCUGGACCCUUUUGCCUUCUACGAGGAGGACACUGAUGGGGAAGAGGGCCCUCCUCGGAAGGGCUCCACCAUCAGGAAGAAACUACACAGUCGACUGGUGCUCAGCCAGAAACUCCAGCUCCCCCAUCACGACAAUGCCCUCCUCCAACCACCUCCGGAGCACUUUAGCCCCUCUCCUCUUACCUGUGUGCACCGCUCUUCACCCCUCCAUCCUCAUCUUCCCCGUCAGCAGCAGACAGGACUCCUCCAGCCCUCCACUAUACCUUCGUUUGUCCUCCCUGGACAGCUGCAGACAGGACUCCUCCAGCCCUCCACUAUACCUUCGUUUGUCCUCCCUGGACAGCUGCAGACAGGACUCCCCCAGCCCUCCACCAUGCCCUCAUUUGUCCUCCCAGGACAGCUGCAGGGUUUAUUAUGUAAGCUAGCUCCACCUCAGAUUCCCGCCUUUCUGCCUGUCGGACUGCCCCCCAACACAGCUCCCAGUCCGCUGCAGUCCUCCUGUCCCCCCCUCGGCAGGAAAGCUCUGUUCACUGCCACGCACUUGCCAUCCAGUAGCUGGGAAAGCACUCAGCGUCAUUUGGUGGCCAUGCGUCCGGCUGCCUUCUCACCUCCCCAUGCCUGCAUGGCAAGGUUACAGCAUCUGGUGCAGCUCUGCACCCAAAGACAUCAGGAGCACGGAGACCUCUUCCAUCAUCUAGGGUUGGACUGGUCUGAAGACAGUUCAGAGGAUGAUGAAGUGGAGGCAGAGAGAGUUCCACCCUAUCACAAUGCCUGGAGACUACAGGAAGGACACCUACAGGAUGUCUCAGAUGAAGAUGCUGGCAGCUCGCGGAGAACGCGGCUGGCUCGGCUGUGCUCAUACCUCCAGGAGAAAUACAAGCACCUGUGCAGGCAGGAGAGGGCUACUAUGCGCCAGAAGAAAUACCACUAUGCCUUCCGCAAAGCCCUGCUGCACGCCGCCAGUAAAGACCCUGACUGUGCUGGCCAGUUGAUUCAGAAGUUGCGCAAGGUCUCCCAGACCUCAAGUGCGCCAGGGCAGCAGGAGACGGGAAUCUGCACUGGUAGCACCAAGGGCCAGGCAUGUAGCAGCCGAGCUCUACCCUUCACCCGACACUGCUUCCAGCACAUUCUGUUGAAUCGCUCCCAGCAGCUCUUCUCCAGUUGCACAGCCAAAUUUGCAGAUGGACAACAGUGCUCCAUCCCUGUGUUUGACAUCACGCAUCAGACACCGCUCUGUGAGGAGCAUGCCAAAAAGAUGGACAAUUUCCUGCGUGGAGACGGUAACCGAAGAGUGCAGCACCAGCAGCAGCGAAAGCCGCGUAAGAAGACCAAACCGCCUGCACUCACCAAGAAACACAAGAAGAAGAGGAGGAGAGGGCCGUGGCGGCCCCAGAAGCCCAUCCCGCCGGCGCUGCCCCAGGGGAACCUGGGAAUGCCUUCCUCCUCCAGCCUGACCAUGCCCACCCAGGCCAACAUCAGGAGUCCCUCGACGCCUGAACUGAGCACCGAUGAACUUCCCGAUGACAUCACCAAUGACAUGUCAGACAUUCCAAACGACCUCGAACUGAACCAGGAGGAUUUCUCAGACGUGUUACCCAGGAUCCCCGAUGACCUUCAGGACUUUGACUUGUUUGAAGGUAAGAAUGGGGAGCUGCUUCCCACCACAGAGGAGGCAGAGGAGCUGGUGAGAGCACUACAGGCUGGGCUGAUGGGCUCCUACCCAGACUCCCUGGUGUGCCUGACCUCCAUGGCGGAGAUGGCGCAGGCAGAUGGCGUGGACCACCGGGCCAUGGCAGCAGUGUUCCCUGGGCCAGGGGUCCAGCCGGGGGGGAUGGGGGACCUGCUCAACGGCCGCAUCCCCGUAGAGAACUUCUCCAAUCUGGAGCUGGAGGACAACCUGCUGCACUCUGCUGGUGGCCACUUCUCCCCCUCGGUGUCUCCUCAGCAGCCCCCUGCCCAAGGCCAGACUCCUCCCUCGGGACCCAGCCUCACCUCCUCCACCCGCACAGUCCCCCGGACACACCCGCCCCACAUCUUGGCCAAGCUGGAGGCGCUCACAUCGUCUCCGCAGGGCAGCCAUUACUGCAGCGAGCAUGUACCAUCCCCCUACAAUGACCACAUGUCCUCUACCCACGCCACCUCCUUUCAGACUGACUCUCCUCUCCUGCUGGAGGUACCAAGUACCCCACGCUCCUCCUGGAACAACCUCCCCCUGGCCCUCACUGACCCCACACAGUUUGGCAACCUCAUCAGACCAGAGGGCCACCUCGUAUCCACCUCUCUGUCCACUCCCCCCUCCUCCCACUCUGUGACCCUACAGCCCAUGGCUGCCCUCUCAGCGUUGCCCCAGAGCGGCUUGACUGGCUUGACUGCGCUCCCCGCCCCCUCGCCACCACACGACCUCUUGAUUUCCACCCUUCCCAAGCAGCAGCUCCCUCAGUUCAGUGCUGCCUUCGGCCACCAGCUGGCCUCCCACAGUGGCAUCCCCAAGGAUGUGCAGCCCAGUCACAGCUCCACAGCGCCCCCCACUGGCUUCUCCAUAGCUAGUGCCACCGCUGCAAGUGCCAACUGUGCAAAGCCCCCCUUUCCACACAGUAACUAGAGCAAGCCGUGCACAGUACAAUGGCUGUAGGUCAAACCGUGGACUCUAGAAACGUAUUCACCCAGUGUCCAUUCAUUUCCCUUUUGCUUCAAGUGUGCAAUGUGGUAACGGACCUAACGCUUCACUAUUCUAUUGGAAUUUGCACAACCUCAGAUAUUCCUUAACUGUGUAAUGAUUUGAUGGUAAUAUAGCCAGUUGGCCACCUGAAACAGUCUAGUGGUUUGAUGUAAACGCAGCUCCAGAGUUUCGCCAGCAGGGGGCAGAGUGUGUGUGUGUGUGUGUGUGUGUGUGUGUGUGUGUGUGUGUGUGUGUGUGUGUGUGUGUGUGUGUGUGUGUGUGUGUGGAGGGAGGUGGUUCAGUAGAAACAUCAAAUGUUAUUUGUCACAUGCUUGGUAAACAACAGGUGUAGACUAACAGCGAAAUGCUUACUUACGAGUCCUUUUCCAACAAUGCAGAGUUCAAGAUACAAUAGAAAUAGUGACACGAGGAAUACAUGGAUUUUGAUGUGGGGGAACAUUGGAGGACGGACCUUAGGAGAGAUUAGUUAUAUCAUAGUGAAAACAACAGUGCUAGAGAAUACGGAGACAAAGCAUCAAUCAGUGGUCAAUUAAAAAAAUAAAAUAAUAAUAAUAUUGCCAGUUUAGUCGUCGUCUGACAUCCAUCAACAGCACUCCCCUUGUGUAUUAUUUGGACAGUAAAGCUAAAACUUUUAAAUUGGCUCUAUACUCCAGCAUUUUGGAUUUGAGAUUCAAUUAGAAACAAAAGCACUUUAUGUAUCUAGACCCCGAUUUGAAUGUGUCAUAGGUAUUUGGACCAAUUCACUUGUGUAUUAAAGUAGUCAUGAUAUUUAUGCCUCUAACUUUCUCACUCAUUAUUCAUGGUUAAUUGUAAUCAUGGUGUUUUAUUUUACCUUUAUUAUUUAACUAGGCGAUUCAGUUAAGAACAAAUUCUUAUUUUCAAUGAUGGCUUAGGAACAGUGGGUUAACUUAUUUACCAUGUAAUAUUAAUGGGGCACGAAAUAAUCUGAAACGCACAUUUGAAAUGCAUCCAACAAGUUUGUAGAGUCACAAGGUUGAUGUCAUCGUUGCGUGCUCGGUUAUACCUUUUUGACUACUUUUUAAUACACAAGGGGACUUUUCCAGAUACUUACGAGGGGCACCAGAUGCAUGACGUGUUUUCAUUUCUAAACGGUAAAACGGAUGUGUAUGAAUGUAUCCUCAAAUUCAAGGUGACGUUCUGUUGCCUCGUAUUAAACGGUCGAUCUCAAAUCCAAAAUGCUGGAGUAUAGAGCCAAAUGUAACGUUUUCUCUUCACUGUCCAAAUAACAUACGUAACGUAGUGUAUCCUGCCUUGCUCUGGUCAUUGCAUGGGUUCAUCUGUUCCAUUCACCUUUUUGAAAGAGAUUCUGAAGGUAGGUCCUUGUAUGCGGGUGACCCAUUGUGACGCAACAGAGGAAAUAGCUCCGCCAUCUUACCAUGAUGUAGUCCUGUCCUCCAUCACCGAACAGAGAAUUUGGCCAAACCACUUUUAAACAGCGUUUUAUUUUUAAUAUGUUGUGUAUAUAUUUGCUCUAUUAUUGGGUCACUCAGAAACGUAAAAGAUCUAUUGACCUCACCAUUGUGGGACUCCUUAUGGGUGACCUAUUAGCCACUUGAAGGUAAAUUGUGUUACUUUAAGCAAUAAACACAUUGGCACACACUCUUGUCACAGUAUUGAAUUGGUCUCCACUCUAUGUAUCUUCACUAUGUAAUCCAAACCGAUGUGGACCAGAUAUGUUUGGGCCUGUGUAACUCUCUGUGACAUGAACCGUUUGUUCUAAAUCAAAUCUGAACUGUCUAGAGUAGAGAGAGACUGUAACUGACCAUUGAACAGGAUGCUUCUCUUAGGUCAUACUGAGUAGUUAUUACAAGGGGCCAAAUCCAGGGGCUCGGGUGUCCACAACUCUCCAUGGUGCUCUUGCUAUAUAAUGGCAUUUUAAAAGGACAUUCAAGGAUAUGGUCCCAUCUAGAUAGAAACUACUUAAGGAACCUGGGGGGGUGGGGGGUAUACACUGAGUAUACCAAACAGUAGGACACCUUCUCUCUCUUUUAACUCUCAGAAUGGCCUCAGUUUGUCGGGGCAUGGACUCGACAAGUUGUCAAGCGUUCCACAGGGAUGCUGGUCCAUGGUGACUCGACAAGGUGUCAAGCGUUCCACAGGGAUGCUGGACCUGGUUUGAUGUCCUUUCGAUGGUGGACUAUUCUUGAUACAUGAGAAGCUGAGCAUGAACCCAGCAGUGCUUCAGUUGACUCAAACCGGUGCACCUGGUACCUACUACCAUCACCCCGUUCAAAUACACUUACACGUCUUUUGUCUUGCCCAUUCACCCUCGGGUUGUGUACGCGUGCCAUUCAAUGUCUCAAUUGUUUUGAGGCUUAAAAAUCCCGUAACCGGUCUCCACCCCUUCAUCUAUACACUGAUUUGAAGUUGAUUUAACAAGUGACAUCAUUAAGGGAUCAUAGCUUUCACAUGGUCAGUCUGUCAUGGAAAGAGCAGGUGUUCCUAAUGUUUUGUCCACUCUGUACCUCCCCCAGUAAAGGACCAGAAAGUCAUCUUUCACUAGUCUAGCAGUGUAUAUGGAUACGUAGGAUGGGUAUAUGGACAUGUGAAAUGAUGCCCCCUUGUUUUAGCAUCUUAUCUGUUUGUGUGGUAGUGUGACACCAUUGGUGUAAACUGGUGCAAUGAGCAUUUCUGAGGUAUAGAUAGCACUGUCUGUUGUACUAAAUAAAUACAUUCUCAGGUGCAUUAAGGUUAAUGAAGCAUGGGACUAAAUGUUAACUGUUAAGGAAUGAGGAUGGAAUUAACCAGGCAACUCUGCCCUGUCUGGUUUUAAACUCUACAGUAGUAAAUCAUGGAUUUUAUUUUUAUUUUUAUUUUUUAGAAACGGAAAGACUACUCAUUGUUAAGUAUUAGCUAUAUUUAUAGGGUAGAGGUCUCUACAGUUUAGGUUUUAUUGUGAGUUAAUGAGUGGCAAUGGUUUGAAAAAUGAAGUCAGUCUUUUGUGAUGCGCUGGAUGGAAUCUUUUUGUGGAACACCUCUUGUUUUUAAAUGGCUAUCAAAACUCUUGUAGUUUCUCUUCAAAGUGAAAUGAUCGAUUGUUUGUGUACAUUGUCAUUUAGCUAACCAAACUGGCAAAAUGUCUAAUGUAAGACAGUAUUUUUGAUAGCUAUUAAACUCUGGCAAGUAGUUGCUGCUGAAAGACUGGGGUUGCAUGGUGAGACCCCUCACAACUGAGUGCAAGGCCACAACAUUUCUCCCUUAUUGUGAUUAGCAGAUCUCUUAGUAGCAGUAAAUCCAGCCAUAGCAUUGUUUUUUCUCGUGUGUGUGUGUAUAUAUAGAUAUAUAUUACUGCACAUAACAGCACCCGUAUUCAUUUUGGAUUUGGAACACACCGUUAACCUGCUCUAAACAGCACUGUGGGAGGCCAGAUACUCCCAGUAAGCAUCGUGCCUUUUGUCAUGAUACGAAAAACUAACAGCUGCCAUUAACUGCACACACACUGCUUAGAACCAAGCAGGCCCCACUUCCAACUGUGAGAAGGCCUAGUUAUUUCAAAGAGACAGACAUUACCAGAGCAGAUGCUUCAAGUUUCAGUUUCUUUUUUUGCUUGACCACAGCAUUGUUCCUAGAUGUACAGCCCCUAGGAAAUAGGUGGGCUGGAAUGUUUUCUUGAAUUUUCGCAAAGCAAGGCGACACUGCUGUAUUCACAAAGCAUGAGAUUAGAUUCAUUGCAGUUUGUCUCCUCACCAACCAUAUAGAACAAACCAAGCAGGGCUCAGUAGCUACUUGUAACCGCUUGAAAUCUGAGAGAUGGCUGACAAAUUCCUCUACUCAUUGAAUGUACUGUAUUACUGUUUUUAAAGAUGAUAGGAUGAGCUAAUAAUAAUCUAGUCACCUUUUGUUAUCGGUCCUUGUAUAAUUUGUCUAAGGUAUUUUUUUUGUAUACAAAGGUUUACAUUUUUAUGUAUAUUUUUCUUGUGUACAAAUGGUGUAAUAUGUGUAUAAACACUGUAUGGAAUGUGUAUAUAGUGUGAUAAAAUGUGAUCUUUUGUUUUUGGAUGUAUAAAUAAAAGUUGCUGUGAGGUA